AUGGCUUGGUGGAUUCCAUACCUGUCUUUGCUAAUUUUGUUAGUAACUGUAGUAGACAGCCAGUUAGAGGUCAACAUUACAACCGGUACAAUACGAGGUUUCAGCAAAACAUUGAACGGGAAAACUGUGAACGAAUAUUUCGGCAUUCCAUUUGCCAAACCUCCAGUUGGGAACCUUAGAUUUGCAAAGCCCCAGCCUGCGAGCAGGUGGACGGGCGUGUUGAACACUACGGCGUAUGGUCCGGCUUGCAUGCAGAGACCCAACCCUUUUGGAUUUCCUAAUCCGAAACACAUAUCUGAAGAUUGCCUGACACUCAACGUGUUUGUUCCUGUUACCCCUGGCGUCAAAGCUGUAAUGGUCUGGAUUCAUGGCGGAGGCUACUUCACUGGUGGAAGUUUUCACUAUGAUUUCACCGAAUUCGCUGCAAGAGGCGACAUCAUCGUUGUAUCAGUAAAUUAUCGCCUGGGACCAUUUGGUUUCCUGAGUAUAGAUGGCGCUAAUAAUGCAACUGGAAAUCUGGGACUGUGGGAUCAGAUUGAGGGCCUGAAGUGGGUACAAGACAACAUUGGAGCCUUUGGUGGUGACCCUAAAAAGGUUACUAUAUUCGGAGAAUCUGCCGGGGCUAGCAGUGUCUCUCAGCUUGCUCUUACCACAAAAGCCAAAGGCCUUUUUCGCCGUUUCAUUCCUCAGAGCGGGUCCGUCUGGGCAGAGUGGGCGUGGACGACGGAAAAAGCUGCAACACUUUCUUUAAAGAUAGGCGACAUUAUAGGCUGCCACGCCGGGGAGACAGAAAGGUCAAAACUCCUCGAAUGUCUGCGGGAAACAACAGCUGAUCGAUUCCUAGACGCGAGUAUCGUUGCUACCACAGGCGUCCCUGGGAUCCUCCAUUACAGCGGUGAGGUCGAUGGCGAUAUGUUCCCUGAAUCCUUAUCAGACAUGUUUAAAAACCCUGAUUCAGAAGUCUCCCGGCACUUUCGUUCUCUGGACUGUUUGGGAGGUUUUACUGACGGAGAUGGGGCCAUAUUGACCCAUGACAUCGAUAACGGGAUCACCCCUGCAGAGUUACGAGACAAGUACAUCCCUGAUUUGGCCAAGCAAGUGGCGCCUGGCCACGAAGCCGAAAUUGAGAACGUUCUGAUGAAGGAAUACUACAAUAGCGCAGCUAAUCGAUAUGACACUGCUAACCGCUAUGUCGACAUCAUGACAGACUGGGGGCAAUUCUCACAGAUAAACACUCAGCAUCGGGUAAUGGCUCUACAUAUCUGUACUACCUCACAAAGGUACCUUCAUUUGGCUAUGUUUUGA